AUGGCUUUGGAAUGGGUAGUUCUCGGGUACGCCGCCGGAGCAGAGGCCAUGGUCCUCCUCCUCACCCUCCCUGGCAUUGAUCGUCUACGAAAGGGUCUAAUCGAGGAGGAAUUGAAGAACGGCGGAGCGAAACUGCAUUCUCUGUCGAUGAUCUCGCCGCAGAGGUUAGGGUUCCAAGAGAACCAAGAAAUGCUGAAUCGCGACAGAGUUGGCGUGACCGGUAUCACUCCGGUGAGGUUGUUAUUCGACACAUUGAAGAUCGUGAGAGAGGUUUGGUUCAGAGGCGGAAUCGUACCAUUGAAGCGAUUUGAAUCGAGCCGGAGUCUUGCUUAUUGUCAACUGUGUGGGAAAUUCUCAGAAAACAUUUUUCACUUUCCAAACCUACGAGAGCUCGAUGUAAAAGCAAAUUCAGAACUCACAGGAUCAAUUCCAGCCUCUUUUGGGAACCUAACACAAAUCACCGAGUUAGGCUUCUGGUCUAACAAUUUUAGCAGUCAAAUCUCCACAUCAAUUUCAAACCUUGCAAAGCUUACUAACUUGAAUCUUUCCGCAAACAAUUUGAAUGGUGAAAUAUCGGAUUCCCUUGCCAACAUGAGCCAACUUACUUACUUGGAUCUUUCAUUUAACAAUUUUAACGGUCAAGUACAGUAUUCCCUUGGCGACAUGAGCCAACUUACUUACUUGGAUCUUUCAUUUAACAAUUUUAACGUUGGGCUUUCAAAGCUAAUUACGAUCAUGUUGAAAAAUAACACACUCAACGGGACAAUUUCGUCUUCGUUGUUUGCUCAACCUUCACUGAAUUAUAUAGACUCGAGUAACAAUAAGCUACAUGGACCAAUUCCAGGAUCAGUUUAUGAACUCCAAAACCUAACAGACUUGGUGCUUUCAUCAAAUAACUUAAGAGGUGUAGUGGAGUUAGAUAAGCUGCUUAAGCUAAAAUAUUUGUCCUGUCUUAAUCUCUCAUAUAAUGGUCUCUCACUGAACAUCAACAAUAGUGUCAACUCUACCUUGACCAACUUUGACUUUAUAGGAUUAGCUUCUUGCAACUUGAGCGAAUUCCCAAACUUCUUGAGAGAACAAGCUAGAUUGAGUUUUCUAGACCUUUCAAACAACAAAAUUCAUGGUGAAGUUCCAAAAUGGUUAUUCAAUAUGGUUUCAUUGCGAAAUUUAGAUCUUUUUCAUAAUUUCCUUACAAUUUUAGAGCGUCUUCCAUGGAUGAAUCUAUGGUAUAUUGACCUGCACUCCAACUUACUCCAAGGACCACUCCCUAUUCCGCCUAACAUAACAAUUGUUUUCUCUAUCUCAGACAAUAAUUUGACCGGAGAAAUCCCUCAAUUGAUUUGCAAUCUGAGGUUGCUUGAAGUUCUUGAUUUGUCAAAUAACAGUUUGAGUGGGUUGAUUCCACAAUGUUUGGGAAACUUGAGUAAUAGUCUAUCGGUGCUGAAUUUAGGGAUCAAUAGCUUUUGUGGCACGUUUACUGCAACAUUUACCAAAGGCAACGUGCUAAGGAAUCUUAACUUGAAUGGCAACCAAAUUGAAGGACAAGUUCUGCGAUCUUUGCUCAAUUGUAGACACUUGGAAGUUCUAGAUCUUGGAAAAAACAAGAUAAAUGAUACAUUCCCCCAUUGGUUGGGAACUCUUCGAAACUUGUAG